UGGUUUGUGGUGUGUGGGCUCUGGGCUGAUGGUGCUGCAUGGGGUGGGGGGGAACCGUGGUCUCUGCAUUUGUCCUGCCCCGGAGCCAGCAGCGUGUGUCAGCAGGUUUGGGUCCACAGGGACUGGGAAGAGGAAUGCAUCACUUUGGGGUGCUGUUUGCACCGUCCUGGAGCUCCCGGUAGGCUGCCUUGGGAAAUGGAGGAUAAAAAGCCCAGUGAGCUCUGCUUUAGAGCCUGCGUGUCAGUUUACCUCCCGAGCCCUGGGUGCAGGGUAUAGUGUGACAGAGCAUUUGGGAGCCUGCACAGCACCAAAGGACACAGCCUGGAGGGUGGCUCCUAGGGGUUUUAGUGGUGUCUUUCCCCACCUCUGCUGUCCCCUGGUGCUGGAUGCCCUGGCCAUGGCAGGGUUUGCACCUGCACAUGUAGGUGCUCCCCAGGCACGUGCCCCCGGCGUGCUGGCUGCCUGCGAGGACCAUCUGGCAUAGGGCAAAGCCCUGUCACUGCAGAGCCUGGGGUGUCCUCAGGACGCAGCACAAGGCCACCCAAUGCAGGCACACAGGGCACAAUGUGAGGGCUGACGGGCACUCGAGCCCAUGACCCUGUGCAGGGAGCCCUGCAACCAGGCCUGGGCUGGGAAGGGACCUCCAGGGAUAAGCAGGCUCUUCUGUCCCACCCUGGGCUGCAGUGGGGCAGCAAGGCUGGCACAGCAGCCUGGACACUUCCUCCUUCCUUGGCUGCUGUGGCUUGUUCCCAUGCACCGGCUCUCCCCAUCCCUGUGCCCUGUGCAGAGGCUGGAUGGAGGGUGCUCAGCUCAACGUGAGCAGGGAUGGAGCCAUCCCCAGGGGCUUGGCCAUACCUGAGGGCAUCCCUCAGGUGGUUUCAGGAUGCUGCUGAUUUGCACCUCCGAGGUGCAGCUCAAAACAGCCGUAGCUGCACCUUGGGAAAGCCACUUUUCCCUGGCUGUGGAGACUGGCCCUUUUCCUGCCCUGCUUGCAGAUGGAGCGGAUUAGCCAGCAGAGCAGCCUUGAGUGCAUCCAGGGCUGGACUCGGGAGCCCCUCAGGAAGAAGGGUUGAGCAAAGAGCAGCAGCCAAAGGGGAGAGCACCCACAGGACUGGGGAUGGAGGUCAUGGCCCCCGCCACAAUCAAUGCCUUGAAUGGCUCCUCCGUGAAGCUCUCCUGCACCUUCAACUCCUGCUACAAGGUGGAGAACAAGCAGUUCUCCCUCAACUGGACAUACCAGGAGUGCAGGAACUGCUCUGAGGAGCUGUUCCUGCAGUUCCGGACGAAGAUCAUGAACAAGCAGCUGGACCGCUUUGGGAACCGCGUGGAGUUCACGGGGAACCCCGCCAAGUACGACGUGUCCUUCACCCUCAAAAACGUGCAGCUGGAGGACGAGGGCACCUACAACUGCUACGUCCUGAACCCCCCGGACCGGCACCGGGGCCACGCCAGCAUCAGCCUCAAGGUGCUCACCAAAGAGCCUCCAAAGCAUGACUCCACGGUGGCUGUCAUCGUGGGCGCUUCCGUAGGCGGCUUCUUGGCCGUCGUGAUCCUGGUGCUGAUGGUGGUGAAAUGCGUGCGCCGGAAAAAGCAGCAGAGGCUGAACACGGACGACCAGAAGACGGAGGAGGAAGGAAAGACAGACGGUGAAGGCAACCCAGACGAGGGCACCAAGUAACACCCCCAGUCCCUCCCUCCCUCUUCACCCCUGUACAGCGUGACCCCCUUGAUGUGCUUCCCCAAGCAAGGAAUUCCUGUCUCCCCAGAGCAUCCCUCCUUCCAUCUCAACACCCAACCCAGCCUGGAGCAGGGCGAGGAGAGCAGGUCCCUGGAGCCUGGCCACAGCGGGCAGGGCUGGGGAUGGUGGCUGAAGCGCAUCGGGGCUGCCCCUGAGGCUCUGAGCGCCUCAAGAGCAUUGCGUGUGCCUGUGGGGAAGUGCUGGGGACAGGGUGGUGUGGGACAGGGGGGAUGAGCACGGUCCCCAUGCAUGGAGGGGAUGGAGCAGCAGGUGCCAGCAGGGGCAGAAAGGGGCUGGGCAGCCCCGUGCCUUGAUGUCUGCACCCUGUCCCACCAGAAGAAGAGAGAAGGAGCCAGCGGCCAGCAUCAUCUGCCUUCGGGGCCAUGUCUUGCCCCCAGGAUGCUCCUGCUGGUCCCAGGGCACAGGCAUCAAUGUGCCUGUCCCUAAGGGAUCCCAAUAGCUGUCCAUCUCCUCCUUGCAAGUCCUGUGUGCCAGUGCUGAGGGUGCUGUGACAAGAAGCUUGUGCUCCUCAGGGACUGUCCCAGCCUGCUCGGAAGCUGGGUAAUGACCAUUAGCUCACACGGUGUCUCUGAGCUUUGCUGCUGUUUGGAGCCACUAAUGGCUCCUGGUUUGUAACGGAUGUACCCUUCUGCUUCUCGGGCUAUUUUUGGGUCUGAGCAUCUCAGCCAGAGGUGCUGGGCUGACUUUUUUGUGCUCGUUUCCUUCUUAGGGAGGGUAAUUCUAAUGGAAAAUGCUCUACUGAUGUGCCAAACCGAGGUGGUGGGGAGUGGCGGGGUGCGACUGCUAGGGGCGAAUCGCUGCUGGGAAGAGGAGGAGGUUUGGGGCGCUUGCUGGGAAGGACUGGGCGCAGAUGCAGGACCCUGUGAUGCUGAGAUUGCCUCCUCCAGCCUCCCUGCACAGCACUGCACAACCUGUAACUGCCAUGGCAAAGCACUGCCAGCCCGGCCAGCCCCAGGCCCUGCAGUGCCGGCUGCUCCUGCCUCAGCCCCAUCCAUGGUCCAGCUCUUGCCCUGCUUUGGCAGCUCCCUCAGUGCCCCCCAGGAGCUGCCCCGUGUGCUCUGGUUUGUUAUCAGCAGUGGCCAGGGCAGCUCAUGGGGGACAGGACGUGAGGGAGCAGUGAUCCCGGCUGGUCCCACCCUGCGGUGGUGCAGGGGGAUGCAUUGAGCCCGGGGUUGGGACUGGAGAUGCUGCCUGCCUUGGGCAAGCCCUUGGGCUCCUGUGCAGGACCUGGUGGAUGAGCUGUGCUGGAUGGAGCUCACCCUGGGGCUUCUUGUGGGUCAGACAGGGAUGUGUCCCCGGCCACACCGUGCCUGGGCUUUCCUUCUCCUAUGGCAGACAAGACAUGGGGCAGGAGAGGGGCAGUGCAUGGACACCACAGGCCAAGUGACAGAGGCCCUGUCACCUAUUAGCAACACUGCCAGGGGAGAAGUGAGACUUUCCCCACAGCUCCCAGUGCUGCUGCAUCCCGGUGUGGUGCCAUCCCAGCAGUGCUGUGGGCAAUGCCUCCCUGGGGAGGAAGGGAUGUCCAUGUGCCCCCUGCUCUACCCCCAUUGCUUCCUGCCCCAGCCCCGUCUGCCCUCCCCACCCCGCUCAACCUCGCUGGGCUCUGCGCUGCUCCCCUUCCCAUCCGCAGCAGGAAUGCGCCGUGUCUCCAUGUGCCUUCCCUGUUUCCCGUGGCAUUCCCUGCCCCGGGGAGAGUCGGGAUGAGGCUGCCUGCCCCUCGCACCCCCACACCGGGUGGCUUUCCCUGCACAGUGCCAGUGGGGAGCCAGCUGCCAGGCUGGUUCCCCGGGACCGUAUCCUGCUUGGAGCCAGGAUGUGAGCGGCUCCACGCGGGAUUGAGCUGGCAACUCUGCAGCCGAAGGCCUCUGACUGUUGCACAUGAGCAGUCUUGCAUCUGCCUUUUCAUUUCUUCCAUGCACUAUCCUUGGAUUGCAAGUUGCCAAUGCAUUUGUAUGUACAUAGCUGUACACACCAGAGAGAAUCUCUACAAAUAUAUAUAUAUAUACACCCAGAGGA